UGGCUGAUCUCGCCGCCGCUUCCUGCUACGUACGGGACUGGGUCUCGUUUGGUUUACGGAUGCUGAGGAGACUCGUUGAUACUCACGCCGUAAACACACGGACGAGUUUUGUCGGUUUUGUCGGUCGCUUUGGCAGCAGCCCGUAAACAUCCAGCCCAGCAGAGAUGGCCCAGUGCUCCGAGACUGCUAACGUUAGCUCCGCGGUGAACGGAGCGCCGAAGAAGGAGAGGAAGGUGGCUAUUAUCACCGGCAUCACCGGACAGGACGGUUCCUACCUGGCUGAGUUCCUGCUCGCUAAAGGCUACGAGGUUCAUGGUAUUCUGCGUCGUUCCAGCUCCUUCAACACAGGUCGCAUUGAGCAUCUGUACCAGAACCCACAGACACACACUGAAGGCAACAUGAAGCUGCACUAUGGCGACCUGACAGACAGCACGUGCCUGGUGAAGAUCAUCAACCAGGUGAAGCCGACUGAGAUCUACAACCUGGGAGCUCAGAGUCACGUCAAGAUCUCCUUCGAGCUGGCCGAGUACACGGCUAACGUGGACGGUGUUGGCACGCUCCGUCUGCUGGACGCCAUAAAGACGUGCGGUCUGACCAACAGCGUCAAAUUCUACCAGGCAUCCACCAGUGAGCUGUACGGCAAAGUUCAGGAGAUCCCUCAGAAGGAAACCACGCCCUUCUACCCUCGCUCACCUUACGGUGCAGCGAAGCUCUACGCCUACUGGAUCGUGGUGAACUUUCGAGAGGCCUACAACAUGUACGCUGUCAACGGGAUCCUCUUUAACCACGAGAGCCCGAGGAGAGGUUCAAACUUUGUGACGCGUAAGAUCAGCCGCUCUGUGGCAAAGAUUCACCUCGGCCAACUGGAGAGCUUCAGCCUGGGCAACCUGGACUCCAUGAGGGACUGGGGCCACGCCAAAGACUACGUGGAGGCCAUGUGGCUGAUGCUGCAACAGGAGGAGCCAGAGGAUUUCGUCAUAGCGACGGGGGAGGUGCACAGUGUGAGGGAGUUUGUGGAGAAGGCCUUCAAACAUGUGGGGAAGACCAUUGUGUGGGAAGGAAAGGAUGAGAACGAGGUUGGCCGCUGCCAGGAGACGUCAGUGGUGCACGUGAGGGUGGACCCAAAAUACUUCCGUCCCACCGAAGUGGACUUCCUGCAGGGCGACAGCACCAAAGCGUAUCAGAAUUUGGGUUGGAAGCCAAAGGUGACGUUCGAGGAGCUGGUGAAGGAGAUGGUGGACGCGGACGUCGAGCUGAUGAAGCAGAACCCAAACGCCUGAGGACGGAAACGUCCCUCCUCUGAGACCGUGCUGUACUUUCACCUUCACCACUUUCCCAGAUGAAGUGUGUCCUGUCCUCUGUGUUCAGGACGUGUGACGGGACCAUUUACUGCCUUCAUGUCUUCUGUGUCUUUUUAGAUUUGGGUUUGUUGUCUCUGGACAGAGAGGCCUUUUAUGUCCCAGCACUGAUCGCGUCAUGAUUAAUGUGGAUGGCAACUUUUACUGCUUUAUAUUUAUGUGUGCUUGUUUCGUUUUUUGAUUUUGGACGUUUCUGUCUUUCUUUCUUUCUUUCUUUCUUUCGGGGGAUAAAACAGCAGAGUAUAGAAAUAAAUAAAAGUGUGAACGUUUUUAUCUUUUACUGGAAAACACGAAUCAGCAGCUUUGUCAGGUCUGACAGAGAAAUGAACAACCGAACCAUUUGGUGCAAUAAAAUCUGAUCUUUUUCCAUCUGA